AUGUCAACAAUCUCUUCGAAUGCUGAUAUCAAUACCAAGUAUCAACGUGUUGCUGCAGAAUAUGCAAAGUUGAAAGUUCAGAUAUCCACAUUGAAGAAUGCUGUUAUUGCGGAACAAGCAAAAAAUGAAAAACUAUCGAUUGAUUUGCACAAUAGCGAAUCGGCAUUGCGGAAACUCGAGAACGAAAAGGAAGGAUUUGAAUUUCGGAAUAGUCAGCUGGUGAAGCGAGUCGAAUCGUUACAAAAUGAAAUCGAUAAUGCUAAGCAAGCAUCCGUUAAGAAACGAGGGCUAUUUCAAAAGAGUGCACGUGUAGAACGUUCGUUUGAAUUGGAUAAUGGAGUUUUGCAAAUGGAAUUGCAGAAAAAAGUGGCAGAAAAUGAAACAUUGCAUAAGAAGAUAUCCGAACUGGAAAACGAAUAUACGGAAACAUCGUCAGCUCUUAACGAACAAUAUAGGACCCUUGAAAUCGAAAAUGUGAGGCUGAAAGAAGAACUUAAGAGGAUAAGGAUGAAUGUUGGAAUUGAUCAGGCAGUGAACUGUAAUAUGGAAAAACAGUCUAAAAUCCAGUUUGCUGUUGAGAACAUGUCAGCGAUGAAAGUUGACGGUACAAGAAGUCGAGAUUUGGUGUUACAUUCUGAAGGAUCUGUCGCUAUGAAGGAGACAUUGCAAGUUCUAUGGCUAGAUGCGUUACGUAUGGCAAGAACACUAACAACUGGAUUUGCAAAUUUAUUACAGUUGUUUGAGCAACGCUCCACAAUCUAUCCAAAUGAUAGCAAUAUGGAAAAAUUACCGGAAAGGACACUUCUGUAUGGACGCCGAUUGUUAUCAAGUUGUGAUAUGUUUGAAGCCUGUUCAAGCAGCAUUGAAAAUAUUCUAGUGAAAAAUACUGAUAAUGACUGCUGCAACUUAUCUGCUGAAUGCUCGGGAAUUACUUCAGUUAUUACUAGCGCAUUGUUUUCUUGUCAGGAAUGGCAAGAAUUGUUUUAUGAAAACAGUGUUGCUGAAAAUAAGGUAUCAUGGUGUGGAACGAAUCUAAGCAGAUGUAAUGAUGAUUGGACCACUGCAUUUCUUACACUUGUUCGAUCUCUCAAUGUUCUAUCUCAGAAAAUUGAAUGCAACGAUGAUCAGUCUGCAUUUGAUUUGUUUGCAUUGCUCGAAAAAUCGAGAACAUCCUUGACAGAUUGUAGUCGUACUUAUACGGCAAAAAUUUUUAACGAAAAUCACAUACCGACAGCUACGAAACGGUUACGCUGUGUUAAUGAAUGUAUAAACAAUUGCUUAACAUCACUUCAUCGCAAUUUUAAUAACUUUGUUGCAUUUGUACAGCUGAUUAUGAACUCUAGUGAACUAAAAAAAUUAGACGUUAUUUCCAACGAUUCAGAAGAUGCUCAUCCUUCAUUAGAUUUUGCACUACCAAGUAGUGAUGUAAAGGCGAUAGCUAAUGAAAAUGAUGGCGAAGCUAAACUUGAGGAGGAACAGAUGUCAAAGAAUAGAUGUACGCGGUCAGCUACUGAUUUUUGGAAAUCCGAAAUAGAAUUAGCAACGAAAAGAAUUAUUGAACUAGAAAAGGAAAAAGAGCGAAUCACUUUGGAUUAUGAACUUCUUAAAACGAAGUUAGAGUCAGUCAAAUUGUCAGAAUCUAGAACUUCUGCGUCAGAAUUUUGCUGUAAAGAUACAGAUGUGAUUUGUUCAUAUUUCGAAGAACGAAUUGGUGAUUUACAUGCUGAUAUCGAACAUAUUCGUAGUCGAGCUUUUUAUUAUAAGCAUGAAUGUAAAGAUUUGCUCAAAUUAGCGAAACUGUCAAAGCAGGAAAAUAAAACGCUACGCGAGGAACUGAAUCUUGUAACUGCGAGGGAAUUAGCAUUGAAGGAAGAGUUAGAAAUGACACGGAAAAAUUAUGAAGCGCAACUACAAAAUUUGCAUGAACAUAUUGCAAAUUUAAAUACUAGGUUAGAUGAACAGUCAAAAACAAUGAAUUCUUUCAAAGACGUGUUGAAUGGAGUAACUUCUACUAAACAGAAUGCUCGAAAACCACUUCUCAAAUGA